GAGCCAAAAACAUUUUUUUUUCAUGCCGAUUAAUCAAAGUGUUUUAAGACGUUUCGUUCUAUUGAAAUUUAUUAAAAUAAAUAAAUCAUUUGAAACAAACCAAAUCUGAAAUUGAGCGUCUAAGGACCGAUAUCAAAUAGUUCCUAGAACAAAGAAAAUUGUACUUUUAGCCAAUCAAAAAUAAACAUUUUUGGAUUGCUCUGUCGUAGUGUGCGUUGUGUUAGAAUUGAACAUUCGAAAAGGCACUGAAGUAUGGCAUCGGGUAAAAGAAAUGCUCGUUUAAAUAAGAGUUUGUUCAAACUGAAACAAGAAAAGGGAGUUGACGUCGAUGAGGUCGAAGAAGAUCUAUCCGAUGAAGAUGAUCAGCAAUGGACCAAAGACGAGACCGUGAAGUUAAUGGCAUCGAUCAAAACACAAUUGAAGGAGCGUGACACCUAUUCAUACAUCCGACGAAUCCAACUGCUAAAUUGGGAUCAAGUGAAAAUCGGCGAAAAAUCGGUAAACGAAUGCAAACGGCGUUUGCAAUUCUUGAUAAAGAAGAUUCGUCAUGUGAGGACUCUCGGUGAGAUUUUGUCGGACGUAGAUCUAGAACGGGUGGACGUAAAGAAACCGAAGUCUGCGUAUGCCCUGUUUUGCGAGGAGAUGAAAAACGGUGACCUGGACCUGAAUGGAAAUAACUUCUUCAAAGAAGCAUCCGAACGGUUCAAGAAAUUAUCACCGGCUCGUAAAGACUUUUACGAGAAAGAAUCGAGGCGCCAGUCGCUAAUAUACAAGCAGCAAUGUCCAAAAGGCACCAGACGGAAACGGACUGAUUUGACACCAUUUAUGCUGUACGUCAAACACAAUGAAAAGUCGGAAACCGAUAAAGACAAACUGAAACGACAAUACAACACUCUGGAUGAUAGCGAAAAAUUGAUUUGGAUUCAGAAAGCGAUAACUGCAUACGAAGACGGUGACUUCGAAAAAAUCUUAAGCAAGGACGAGUACAGUUUAUUCAAAGGCGAACCCAAACAACCGAUGAACGCAUUUAAUUUCUUCAUAAAAAAACUGUCGACCGAACAGAAAGUCGACUUCAAGACAGCUGUUCAAGCGUACCGCUCUUUAAGUAAAGAAGAGAAGGAUGUCUUCAUCGAAAUGUCGAGAAAGGCAAAAAUUCAAUACAAGCAUGACCUGGCGACCUAUCUGUUCUCAUUGCCACCAGAUGAACAAGCCGCUUACUUGAAUAAACUGGAAGCACCGAAACGAACACGAGUCAAAAAAGAGAAAAUCGUCAACCCGAAAAAUGACGAUGAUGUGGACGACGACAUCGAGGACGAUGAAGAAAUUGCAUUGCAAACUAGCGUUGAUUUCGAAGAAUCAACGAUUCCUUCUAAUCAAAUAGAAGUGAUUGCCACCCAGGAUAGCCCUGAUUUCGACGAAGCGGCUGCGGCUGAUAAUACAGUAGAAGAAAUCGACGUUUUCACAAUAAAAACGGAAUUCGAUGCUACAGCCAAUAACGAUCACCAGACAUCUACGUCCAACACUUCUCUGGAAACAUCCAAAACCUCAACUAAAUCGAAGACAUCGGACAAAGCUGCAAAAUCGAAAGCAUCUGCACCUAAACCAGCUGAACAUUCGGAAGCCGAUGACUCUUUGCCGAAUAAAAGAAAUUCUCUCCAAAACGAAUGCGACGAGCAAACACCGCGUAAAUCUACCUUAUCGAAAUCAUUAUCGCAGGUCACUGAUGACGAAUCUAUAAGCAGCAACGUUUCGGAAAAGAAGAAAGAUAAGGCGCACAAGCGGAAACGUAGAGAGGAAGAAAAUGAAGACAUCAUCGAUUUUGAGAAUAAGAAAAUUAAACAAGAAGUUGUUGAGCCGACGAGAGUACCAUCGAGGCCCUACUACUACUACCUUCAAAACAUGUACACUGGAAAGAGGAAGAAAGCUAAGAAAACUUACAUUAAGUUGGACCAUGCGGAAAAGAAACGAAUCAGGAAAGAACACAAACGUCUUCACAAAGAGUACUUGGCCAAACUAGAAGAAUUUUGUUCAACCAUCACUUCCAAAAAGGAAAUGGAAAGUUUUGCUGAUAGAAUGCGGCGAGCAGAAGAAAUCGAAGCAGAGACGUCCGAUCCCGAUGAAUAAACAUUUGUUUUUCUUAUUUUACCGUUACACAUUUUCAUAUAUGUAACCCAGUUCAGAGUUAUCUAUAUUCGGAAAACAAAUGCUUUUACAAUAAAA